AUGUCCGGCCGCAAGCUGGGAGGCGGUCGCAUCUUGGGCAGCGGCAAGGGCCUCGCCCCUCCUACGCCUCCCGCAGUCCAGGGCCAUCGACGCACUCCGAGUCCCUUUGCUCCCUCCGAAAGCACCCUGUCUCUCAACUCGUCUUCCGCCUCGCCCCCAGUCUCGAGUCCCCUGCCCGACUUCGCCCAGGAUCUCACAUCAAACAUCAGCGUUGGCGGGCCUUCGCGUACUGCCACUGCCGGCUCGAAGCUGGUCUGCCCGAUAUGCGAGGAGGAGAUGUUGACGCUGCUUCAACUGAACAGACACAUCGACGACAACCACCAAGAACUACCCGAGGUCGAGCAGGAUGAGGUCCGCACGUGGUUCGACAAGCAGGUCCUCAAGGCCAAGCGGUUCCAGCCGUUAUCCAUCAUCAACCAGAAGCUCCGAGGCUUGGACGUGUUCGAAUCCAACGAGUCCAUGCCGGCCGCCCCGCCCGCCGUAGCUAAGCUCGUCGAAGGCCCCAUCGACCCGGAUGAGCUCAUUACCAGGUCACAUUGGCAGCGCCAAACGAGCAACGACCGAUGCACCGAUCCGACAUGCGCCAAGGGGCUCGGAGCCGUCAACGGGAGCAUAAACUGCCGGAACUGCGGGAGGCUGUUCUGCGAGGAACACACCAUGUAUCAGAUGCGGCUUUCGCGGUCUGCGCAGCACGAUCCUGUGCGGGGAUAUUGGGUCAGAGUGUGCGAGACGUGCUACAAGUCGAGAGACGGCUACAACGACCACAACGGUGUCCUGGUGGACCACACGUCGGCCUUUGCCGAAAUGCGACGGAAGAGGGUGGAGAGGCAGAACCUCGAAGCGGCUAGGCUGGAAAAGCGCUUGACCAAGCUGACGCAGCUGCUUGCGAGUGCGCCCGAGGAUGUCACGGCCAACGGCGGAAAUCUGCUCUCGCCCGUGGCGACGUUGACGGGCCAGAAGAGCCAGAGGAAGCUGCUGGAGCAGUCGGUCGUGACCUGGGAAGAUGACGCCUCUGUCACACAGUGCCCGUUCUGCCAGCAAGAGUUCGGGUCAUGGACCUUCAGGAGACACCAUUGCCGAAUAUGCGGUCGCGUGGUUUGCGCAGAUCCACUUACAGGCUGCUCGAGUGAAGUGGGCUUGAGCAUAGCCAGUCCAACGAGCCCGGCAACGGAAAAGCCCCCGACGACAGCGCAGCCUGGCCAGCUAAGCGUCGACGUCCGCAUGUGCCGGGGCUGCAACCACACGAUAUUCUCGAAGCGCGACUUUGCGGCGACCCUCGUGCACAAGCCGCCAGACCAACGCGCGUACGAGACGUUGCGCCAGUUCGAACGUGGUAUCCGCCAGCUCAUGCCCAUUUUCCAGCGGACUUUGCUUGCACUGCAGCCAGAGGGAGAGGACGGAUCAGAUAUCUCCAAGGCGCCACCGACCCACGCCCAAAUCCAAGAGGCGUCCAAGAUUCGCAAACGUCUUACCGAUGCAUUCACAAAGUACGACAUGGCCGCGCGCCGCCUGCGUGACAUGAAAACAACGUCCAAAACCCAGCUCCGUCUCCAACAAGCCGUUUACGCCGCGGCCUCGUCGUUUCUACAUACUCACAUGCUGACACUAAAGUCGGUCCCGCAAAUCCUUCGGGCUCGAUCGUCUCAGUCAUCACGCCUUCGCGCUCUCCAGUCGGGUAGCGUCAACGGAUCGUCAUCAUCUCUCCACCUUUCGCCCCUCCGCAACCAGGAGCUGGCCGAGUCGGAAACGGCGAGCCAGGCCAGCGAGACCAGUACCGCUGUGUCGGCGCUCGAAACAGAGGAGAAGGAGGCGCGCGAGCGUCUAGUGGUCCUUGAGGAGCAGCGAUUCAUGGUACAGCAGAUGGUGGACGCCGCGCGGGAUGCCCGGCGGUUCGAGGAGGUCAGCGCGUUAACACGCAACGUAGAAGAGCUCGACCGGGAGAUUGAGAGAGCCAAGAAGAUGGUUGGCGGCGUCGAAGAGCGGUGGGAAGGUCUGUACGCGUCCGGCCUGGCGCGGUGA